CCCGCCCUUUCCCUUCUCCAUGAUGGCGACGCGGCGGUAGAGAGCGAGCGAGGAGAAGGCGCGGCUGCGCAGAGGUGCCGCCCCCUCGCCUCACACUUGAGCGAGCGCGAGGGAAAGAGCGGGCCGGGCCGAGGAAGCGGCCUCGCCGCUGCUUUUUCCUUCGGACUCUGAGGGGAAGGAUGGCGGGGACGGCCCGGGCGAAGACGGGAGGAGGCGCGGCAACAACAGCAGCAGUAGCGAGAGGAACAACAAUAACAACAGCAGCAGCCAUAGCAGCUUCCUUGUCAUCCUUUCAAGCGGAGGUCCUCGGUGUUGUUGUUGUUCCCGGCGCCGCUUCCAGGCUCUCGCGACGGCGGAGGCAGCGCCGCAGCGCCAGGGGGUCCCUCUGAGGGAACGAGAGGCGCGGCAGAAAGGAGCAGCGGGACCAUGGGCGCCAAGCAGAGCGGCCCGGCCGCCGCCAAUGGCCGGACUCGGGCUUAUUCCGGAGGGGACUUGCCUUCCAGCAGCGGCGGCGGCGUUGGCGGGGCGAACGGGACGGGCGGGCGGGCGCUUAGCGGGGCCGGGCGGUACACGCACCUUGGCCCCGGGGCGCACCACGCGGCACCGGGGUCCGUCUCCUCGGCGGGGCCCUCGGCGCUCCCUCCCGUGGCGGCGCCCCGGAGCAGGUCUCUGGGCGGGCCGGGGGCGCGGGCGGUGGCGCAGUCCGCCUUCAGCAUCCCCAGCAGCAGCGGCGGCCUCUUCGGCUCCCAGGACUCGGUCAACAGCACCCCCGAGGAAGGCGGCCGGGAGCGGGCCGCGGCCGGGGCAGGAGGCGGAGGAGGACACGGAGGAGGAGGACACGGCAGUGGCAGCAGCGGGCCCCGGCUAGUCAUCGGCUCGCUGCCCGCACACCUUUCGCCUCAUCUCUUUGGAGGAUUCAAGUGCCCUGUUUGUUCCAAGUUUGUAUCUUCAGAUGAAAUGGACUUACAUCUUGUGAUGUGCUUGACAAAACCAAGGAUAACAUACAAUGAGGAUGUGCUGAGCAAAGAUGCUGGGGAGUGUGCAAUAUGUCUGGAAGAGCUGCAGCAAGGGGAUACAAUAGCACGAUUGCCUUGUCUAUGUAUAUAUCAUAAAGGAUGCAUAGAUGAAUGGUUUGAAGUAAACAGAUCUUGUCCUGAGCAUCCCUCAGAUUAAUGAUAAAGAUUCCUGUUUCUGAAGUCUCUUACACUGAUCAUCAUAUGUAAAGGAUUUGAAGUUCCAUCUUCAGACGCUAAUAUGAGAAUGGACCUAUGUUCAUUUUGGACUGGGAAAGACAAGAGAUGGAACAUGCCUGGGACAAAUGAUGCAAAGUUGGAAGUUCAGUGUAUCAACACUCACCUAAAGGAGACACAGGGAUUCUAAAAUAUGCUGCACAUCCCAGAAAAAUCCUCUUCCCACAGACUCUACAGACAUUGUUUUGUAUCUUCAGGCCAAAGUUAAUAACUUUCAGUUUAAUUUUUUAAAGCUAUCUACAGAAGCAGGAUUGUUCUCACAUUCUUUCUUGAAUGGAAAACUGUGCUUUAAAUCAAUCUGGGACAUAAUGCAAGGAAGAUGCCAUUCUUGGGUUGGAACUCCCCACUCCUUUGUUCCCGUGGGCUGGUAGGGAAAGCAGAUUAUUACAUGCAGUCAAAUAUGGUGAACAUAUUCAUGAAUUUACCCCACCCUUUAUGCUGUUCACCUUUUUCUGUGAAAGAAUGCAACAUUCCUUGACUUAGGAAAUUUUUGUUAAGUAAAGUUUUGUCAAGAGUGCAGCCCAAAGAACAGAAUAUAAUCAAGUCUGAUUACUAAUUGACAAUGUUGAUCAGGCUAUAGUUAUUGAGAUCCGCAUACUGUGUUCAUUUCUGUAUACUAAAAUUGACUUUUACUGCUUAUGGGUAUCAGUGCAGCAACAGCAAAAUGAAAAGCAUAAUCUAGCAGCUAUGCAAUAUUUUUUAAAGAUAAUUAUAGGGAAACUAAAAUUACCAUCUAUCAAAGUGCUGCCAGUUAAGGUAAUUUAACGGGUAUUUUUUUAAUGUUUCAGGUAGUUAAUUUCUUGUACUAUUUCAAUCUCCAGGGUUCCCUUGUUUUGCUAUAUAGUCUCAAAAGCAGGUAAUGUGGGAUGUUUCCUGAUGGGACCUGGACUGAUUUUUCUUUGUGUGUGUGUUUUUUUGCCAUUCCACAUACAUAAAUGGUCUUAAGGUAUAUAAUUGUGGGCAUAGGACUGAAGAAGCACCUGUAUUCUUGAUCAUUAAUAAUUUACUAUACAACUCUGGCUUGCCCUGAAUUGCAAAAUGGGAUUUCCAAGUAGGUAGAGAAGAAGCUCACUAAGUAAAAAAAGUUAAUAAAAUAUUUGUUUCCACACAAAAAACACCAAAACAACAGGGACCUUUUUAUGGAAAGCGAUUAAAGUAUCUUGUGAUUUUUGUAAAAAGAUGAAAUAGUGUUGAAUAAAGGUGAUGGAAAGUUUAAACAUGUUUAAAGAGCAAAAAUAAGAUUUGUAUUACAUGAUUUCAUUUUUCUUAAGGAUUUGAUUCUGUUUCCCUUAAGAACACAUUUAAAAAUCUGUUGGUUGUUAUGUGUGAAGAGGCAAAUGUAGGAACUGCUGCUGAUACCUUGUGUAAAUGCAUGUGUAUGUGCAUAUGUAGGCAUACUUGGUGCCUUGCUUCUCACAUUUCUCAAAACCACAAACCAAGUUUAUAGUCCGCUAGUAAUGUCUUGCAGCUUAGAUGUGUCUUCAGUGCUGUAACAAGCAAUCACCUCAGAUUUCAGGAAUUAUUACACUUUGGUGCAGUGGUUCCCAAUUUUUGAUCCUCCAAAUGUUUUGGAUUUUGUCCCAGCAUCCCAAUAUAGCUAAUAGGCAGGGAUUUUGAGUGGCCAAGUCCAAAAUAUCUGGACAACCAGAGGUUGGGAACCACUCUUGUCGUGCACAGAACUAGAUGUUUAGAAAUCACAGAAUGGCCAAUCCAUGUUUCCAGUGUGUGAAAUGGACAGGUUGGAGCAUUUGCAAGUGAGAAGCAGUGGGCAUGUGUAGGAAGUGCUUGAGUUUCUCCUGUACUGUUUUUCUUUCUGCAAUCAGGGAAACUGAAAAAAUAUUAAAAAUUCUCCCCCCCCCCCCCCCCACUGGAGGAUACUGUGGAGAAAAAAAGUUUGUGACUUUUUAAAGCAAAAUUUCAUUCAAAAUGUAUAUAUUUCUGUAAGACAAUUUAGAAUUGUAGAGAAUGUUGAUUUCUGUGAUUCCUAGACAUACAUGAGACUCAGAGGAAAGAUACAUUUCUGCAUGUUGUUGGUGCUGUCAUUUUAAUGAGAGAAGCCACAGUCUUCAAUUUUUCAAAGUUGUUUCAUGCCUUCGUUUCAUGAAUAAUGGCUUAGUUUGAAUAUGGACUGAUUGUAUUCAAGCUUAUUUCUGAAUAGGGGUGUAUUGAACUGAACUGUCAGACCUUUUAAGAAUGCAGUCUUCUAUCUGCUGACCUGGAAAUAAGUGCUACUAAACAGAUUUGGCCAUAUGUUGAGUGGGUAUCUAUAAUAUUGCUUAGUACGAUUAGUAAAUAAAUACAAAUAAAUGAAUAGAAUGAGCUAUUACAUUUCAUGCUUUCAAAGCAGUAGAGAAUGUAUAAAAUAAUAAGAAAGCAAUUAUGACUUAUUUCAAUUUACCCCACAUUACCCCCCUCCCCCACGGCUUCAAUAUUUCUGCACAUUUGACAAUACAACAAUCCCUGCCCACCGAACCUGAUUUUGCUUUUUUUUCCCUUGGGAAAUCUGGCUUCAGAGCCAAGCUCAACAAAACCAGCUGGGAAAAGCUUGCAGAGGAAAUGCUGUAAACAGGGAAAGUUUAAGCAUUCACACUCUGCUCUGCCAGCCCUGCAAAUGUUUCCCUUUCCCUUUCUUGCACUUUUGUUUCCUGCCAAAAACCUGCUUCUGAGCAAGGCAGUGCUCCCCUGCACUAUGUUUAUAAUGUAAUCAGCCCUCCGCAUUUGCAGAUAUCACUUUUGAGGAUCUGAAUAAUCUUUGAUUUAGUAUGUUCUCUCAAGGAAUCCCUAGCUCCUCCAGUGUGACUCUGUGGUCCAUUUCUAUCACACAGUUGCACCGAGGAGCAUCACGAUCCCUAGAAAGAACGCUUUUCUUGGGGUCUGUAGGUCCACCAGUUUGAUUCUGUGGUGAACUUCUAGCAGAUAUUGACUUAGAAUUGCUUUGUAGAUAUUCCUAGAGAGGUAUUCUCUCAGGUUAAAAAGACUGGUUUUGUAAAAACAUUUAUGCGUUUCCCACUUUCAUAGCGGUCCCUGACUGCAGAGAAUGUAAAAGGAUGACUGUUUUUAAGAGGGGGAAAGGGAGGGAGGGGAAAGCAUUGUGUGAAGUCUCAUCAGCCUCUAGGGAACUGCAGAAGCAUGUUGUUCUCUCCCUUUGUGUUUCAAAAUGUUUUUUUCUUUCCUGACAAGCCUAUCCCUAGCUUUAUAGCUGUAAGUUGUAACAACAAUGCAUCAUACUAUUCAGAAACAUUCCUUUCAACUUGAAUUGGAACCUCUGACAGUUUUUAAAGGAGCACUGGGGCUCAAACUAGACUCUGGGUUUUUAGGUAAGUUUUUUCUUUGCAUUCAUUUUCCAAGGAAUUGGGAGAUCCUUGGGAAUCAUAUCUCGAGUUUUUAUUCCAUUCAUUCCAAUCGCCUAGCAGGAUGGCCCCAGUAAGGCAGGUUUAUGUUCCUGACUUGCUCUAAGGCACUUCUUAAUAUCCAGAAACCUCUUCCUGCUUUCCCUUUUUCCUACUUGUAGUUUGUUUUCUUUGCUGUUUUUGAGAUACAGUGUGAUUUUCUUGGCACGAUACUUCACCUUGUUUUGUGAUGCAGACAUGCCAUAUGGAAAGUCCCCAUUUCAUCCCUGCCAGUGAGGAAAUAUCAGUGCUCUUCUUUUUGAUAGAACCAUUUGCUAUUUAUACCUCUUUGUCUCAGACUUUAAGCUCCAAAUCUUUCCUCCUUACUUCCAUCUCCUAAGCCAGCACACUGUGCAGACUUGAAUCUUAACCCACUCUGCUUCUGAGUUAAGAUACUAUCUUAUUAAUCUUAGUUCAGGUCUGGCCAGAGGGAACACUUUCUAUAUUUUUGGCUAAUAAUGGGAUAGCUUUCCUAAGCUGCUUUCUGAUCUUUCCCUGUGCAGUGAAAAUCAAAAGCAUAGAGCCAAAUGGUUUAUUAAGUACUUACUAUGUCUAGGGUGUGUUCAGAUUGAGGUCCACUGGCCAGUUUAGCUCAAUGGUUAUAGUUAAGCAAUGAAAUAGUUACCCCUAGAAAAUUCUCAGGUUUCUGGAAUUUUAAAAUUUAUUUAUUUACUUUAUUUCUAUCUUGCCUUUCUCCUGAUAUCGGGAUUCAAAACAUUGUCUACAGUAGGGUGGCAAACAUCCCAGACCUGGUGGAUAUGCAUCAAAGAGUCACUGGUUUCUGUUUGAUUGCUUUGGCUGUCCAAGUUCAGUUUCCCCAGUCAAUUCAGUUACUGCUGAAAUUUGAUGGGAGCCGGACCUUCUUUCCAAGGUACAGGAAGUUACCAGAGUGCCUCUUGCACUAACCCAUUAGUUGGAUUGUCAAUUUUUUCAGAGGGGUAGAUAAAACUAUUGUGUUUUGAAGGUUUGUUUUUUUUUAAAUACAGUGCUGCCAUUUUGAGCGCUGUGGUAACAGUGGCAAUAUGAUUAGCAUGAGAGAGAGAAAGGACCUUGGGCUCUACAGGAGGUCCACCAACUAAGACUUGUUCACUCUGAGGGGAAUGAUCAAACAUUUUGAAUUCAGGGAACACAUUCUGUCAUGGAAGCAGGGUUGGUGGGGCAUAUAUGGGGCAUAGUCAGGACAAAUCAAAAAGUGGGUGAGACAACACUAUUGUCUCCUACAUCCUGCUCUUUGGCACCCCUUUCCCUCUUUUUCUCCCCAAUUCUCUCCUUCGUUCUAUUCACAUUAUAAUGCCAUACCAUUAAUGUUGUAUUCAGACAACUCUCAUCUAUCCACUCAUUCAUCCAUUCUCUCUUCUCUUCACUCACUGUCUCAUUCACAGUCUUAUCUUUCUCUCCAUUCAUCCCCUCAAUGAUAUGAUAGUUAGUUUGAGAGUUUUCCUCCCAAGACAUUUUGGGAACGUUAGCAGUGCAACCCUAGUUAUGCUUGUCUGCUGGUUUUUCUCUUUUGAUGUCUGGAAGAGUUCAUGAAAUGGUGACAUAGCAAGGCUUAGGUGUUGUUGGAAGAACAGACCAUUGAGCAUUGUUCCAAGAAGGGCAAUGAGACUCCGGCCAACACAGUGUGGCUGACUUGCAUGGCCUGGGCUCUUUCUUUUCUUUCCUUUUCUUUUUUUCUUUUGCAGCAAUUGCAUGUUCUAGGGCAGAGAGACACACAAAGGCCAUGGUUUUCCCAUCACUAAUUCAGUGCCACAGUAAUAAAAGCUGUAAAGAAACAUAAGGCAAUACUAGAUAAAGUUGCCAGCACGACCAAUAAUUGUGUGGAAAAGGAUCUUGACUUUAAUAGCUCUUUUCUGUGUCACAGUUCAGUUGCCAGAAGAUGGUAACUUCUUACCUGUGGUAGGAUGUACAUUGCUAGUGGUUUACAGUGUCUGCUUAUGACAACCAGCAGUUGUUUGGGUUUUUUUUUUUAAUAAGUAGUCAUUUUUACAUAUUUAAACUUUUUGUUUGGCAAAGAUUACACUUUGAAUUCUGGGCCAAACAAACUGAAAUGGAGAGGCCACUUUAAUGGGUUGGAGCAAAUUUUAAUUGGUGCUGACACUUAUAAACACUUUAUUUUUGAAACUUUUUUUUUACUGUAGAGUGUCAUUUUGUUCUUUUCAUUCUGGAAUGUCUUAAAACAUUUAAGCAUGGUCAUUUGAAUAAGUGAUGAAUUUCUUUAUUAAAUUGUUAUAUUUUCUUUCAGUAUCUCUAAAAGCAACAAUAUUGAGUCUUUGCUCACAUUAAAGUGUAUUUACAUUCCAUAGCUGAAUCAUUCAAAACAUACCAAUCACCUCAUUAGAGAAUAGUCCUAAAUUAAUUGGAGUGAAUCUUUGCUGAAUCUAUAAAGCUCUGCUUACUUGUCAAAUCACUUCCCCUUUUAAGCAUUGGCAAAAUAAUGUCUAUUUUGGCCACCAAGGUUUUUAAAUAUAUAUAUAUAUAUAUAUGUACUUCACCAGUGUUCCAUAACACAUGCAAAUAAUUCCCUAAAGCUGUGUGUGGAAAAGCCAGGAUCUUGCCUAUCUUCUCUGGUCUUGUGGGAUUCUUUUGAAACUGUGUGGAAACUACAGGUCUACAUAUGCAGGUAUUGCAACAUGGUUGAAAUAUUUAUUUUGGUUUAUUACCCAGACAGUGAUUAAAUUAAUUGGGGGGGGGGCUGAAAUAUUAAAGGGCCCAUUUGAGUAAAAGGAAGUUGCUAGUUCUACCUUUAUAAAGGAAAUAAAGGAGCAAUGUUCAGGACUGCUGCCCAACAAAUUAAACUUUUCAGAAUACUGAAACCCUUCUCCUGGGUAAAAGUGCUCACUGUCACUUAUCUGUUCACACCCAUCACUUCCACACAAACUCUGAGCAUGUGACAGUUCAGUAAGAAAUGCUGUAACAUUUGCAGUGCUUGGAAACAUUACUGUUUUCAACUACGGCACUCAAUAGUUGCAGUAGGGUCUGGGAAGUGUGGUUUCCGCAAAGUAACGUUUCCAGGCUCUGCACAUUUUGCUGCAGCAGUGGACAAGAAGUCUUCCUUGAUUUCCCUGCUGAUAAAAAAGAAUGUAAUUAGCUAUGUCUAAUAAAAUAUGUUUGUAAUUUUUUAAAAAAUUGAGCUGUAUGAGUGGGGGAACUACUUGAGGUCUGCUUUUUUUUAAGGUACAUCUUGUACUUGGUCUGCCAGAAUAUAAGUGUAUGAUUUAUUUUCUUUUUUACUGAUCUAGGUUGUACGUUUUAACAUUCCAUUUGUGUAAAAUAUGUACAAUGAUGUUAAUAAAUUUUUGAAGCACA